CUGUAACACACCCGGCGGGUAAACCUGUCGCACGACAUUGGCGUCAUUUGUUGUGAAUCAUGGCGGCAGAAGGUACGGAAGAACUCGGCGAUAACGGGCACUUCAAUCAGCCCUCAGGGUUUGAAGCCACUGAAGAUGCUGAUCUUCCUAAGCAAGAUGUAGGUUUUACUGAGGAGAAAGCUGGAAGCAGAACGGAGAUGGCAGAACCAGCAGCUCCCUACAGUGGCCAUCUGCUGGAGGGAGAGGAGGAGGAGGAGGAGGAAGGAGAACUGCCAGUAGAUUUUGAUAGAUUAUGGAAGGUGGUGAGCGACAGCCCCCAGGACUUCAGUGGCUGGACAGAUUUACUUCAGUACUGUGAACAAGAGGGUCAUAUGACUGCUUCUCGGCGGGCUCUGAAUGCAUUCCUCGCCAGGUACCCUUUGUGCUACGGGUACUGGAAGAAGUUUGCUGAUUUGGAGCGACGAGCAGGCCACAAUAGCAAGGCUGAAGAGGUUUGUGUGCGUGGACUGAAGGCUAUCCCUCUCAGUGUGGAUUUGUGGAUACAUUACAUUAACCUCCUGCUUGGAACACUCAACAUGAACUUGCCUGAGUCAAUACAUCGAAUCCGCAGCACAUUUGAGGAGGCUGUGGCAGCAGCAGGCAUGGACUGGCAUUCGGACCGGCUGUGGGACCUGUACACUGAAUGGGAGAAGGAACAGGGAGACCUGAGGGCCAUGACUUCGGUCUAUGACAGAGUGAUGAAAGUCCCCACCCAACUCUACAACACCCACUAUGAGAAACUGAAGAGUCAUUUAACUUCAUAUGCACUUCAGGAUGUACUCAGUCCUGAAGAAUACACAAAGCUACAGGCUGAGUACAAGCAGAUUCAGAUUCAGACCAAGAAAGAAGUAUCUGAUACUACAGCUAAAGAAGAAGAAGAAGAAAAAGAAGAAGAGAGACCACCAGGAGAGGAGGAGCCUGCUGACAGUGGCAGAGACUCGGAAGAGGCAGUGCAGAAGAUGCAGGAGCUGCUGUUGACCAGCAGAGAAGAAAUGUAUCUACAGAACGAGAGUGAGGUCAGGAAGAGAUGGAACUAUGAAGAUACGAUUAAAAGGCCAUAUUUCCAUGUGAAAGCUUUAGACCGGACCCAGUUGAAAGCCUGGCAGAUUUACCUGGACUGGGAGAUAGCCGAGGCUGAGGCAGUACAAGAUGUCCCUGAAGGAAUGUCAGCAGAUCAGGGAGUUUCAAAGGUCCACGAGAGAGUUGCUGGGCAUGAACGGGUGCUGAUCUUGUUUGAGCGAUGCCUCAUUGCUUGUGCACUCUAUGAGGAGUGCUGGGAUAAGUAUGUGCAUUACCUGGAACCACGCAGUCUGGAGGAAACAAGGAAUGUGUACCGAAGGGCUUGUGAAAUUCACCUGCCGUACAAGCACACGUUUCACUUGCAGUGGUCAGCUUUUGAGGAAAAACAUGGAAAUAUCUUAGAGGCACAGCGCAUAUUAGAAUCUCUAGAGCUGGCCAUGCCUGGCCUGGCCAUGGUGCGCCUACGGCGGGCAGGGCUAGAGAGAAGAUUGGGCCGGUUGGAUCGAUCAGAGUCAUUACUCAGGGAGGCUGUGGAACAGAAUAAAGAUAAACCAUACCUUCAUGCUUUCUUCUCUAUUAAACUGGCCCGGUUCCUCCUUAAAUUGGGCAAGAACCCAUCCAAAGCUCGUGCUGUACUACAGGAAGCCAUUGAGAUCAGUCCGGACAACAGUAAGCUCUAUCUGAACCUGCUGGAGCUGGAAGUUUCGGGGGACCUGCGGGUCAAUGGAGGAGGAGUACAUCAGUGUGUUAGCAAAGCUUUAGCUGCACCUCUCUCACCAAAGACCAAAAUUCUCUUCUCCCAGCGAGGCCUGCAGUUUGCAGAGGACUUUGGAACUACAGUGCAAAGUGUGUUAAGUAUCAGUGAGGAGCACCAGAAGUUAUUGGAUGACCUUGGUGGAAAGAAGCGAGGAGCAGAAAAUGGUGAUGACGAUGACCCAGAGAAAAUGAGUAAAUUAGAUGAUGGUUCUGCUGUGUCAGCUGCUCAAGGUGUUCUACCUUCUAUGCCUCCUAUGACAACACCACCUCCACCUGUGAUGGGUGGAGACAUGAGUGGGUAUGGAGGAUAUAGCAACUGGUAUCAGCAACAGCAGUACGGGGGAUAUGGUGGCUACCAAACCCCAUGGAAUCAGUAUAACCAGUAUUACCCUCCCAGCUAGUCCAGAGAAGCACUGUGGAGGCCUGGAAUGAUGCUAGUCAAUGUUCACUCUUUUAUGCACAUGCCUGACAAAUGUUGUGGAUGUUUCACUGAACAGAUGCAAUGAGUUAAAGGUUAAUGUACAAUGGUACAUUUUUAUGCCCAGCAUCACUUCAUCCUAAAUAAGGUGCUAUAAGGGACUUUUGUUCUUUUUACUGUGACUCACAGUGACAUUAAUGUCCUUUACAUUAAUGUCAGCCCCAACCCCAUAUUUUUAUUUUUUAUGACUUUAGCAAACUCAUUUGGAGUUUCUAGGUUUAUCAGCAAUGUUUAAGUGAUUAUAGCUGUAACCUUUUGUAAUAUUUUUAAAUCUAUUUUAGCCUUAAAUUUAAUGCACUGCCCAGUUAUACUUGGUUUUAGGCCAUACCAAAAGUAAACCUGCUUUUAUUGAACAAAUUAAUUUUAUACAUUUUGUGUAUAUAAUGAUGCCACAUAAUCUGGCAGUGUCACUUAUUUGUCACAGGGUGUACUACAUCUGCAAAAGCAAAGCUUGCACAUUGUACUUCUUGUUCCGGUUUGGUUUUGUACUGGAGAACGCAUUGCUUUUAUAAGAGGAUUUUAUUUCUUUUCUUUUAUUUUUUUAAUAGAAGGCAUUUCUAACCAUGCCUUUUUUAAUAAGACUGCUGUAUUUAGUUUAAUCUCUGAAUCUGUUAAUGCACUGUGUAAACUGCAAGCAUAUUGCCCCCUUUUUCCCCUUUGCUGAUGACGCAACCACAAAGAACGUGCUGGAUUCAUGAGGUGGCUAUUUGAAGGUAGAAGAGUAGUUUCUGUGCAGGACAUGAUUUUUUAAUGCAAUUUAACAUAUUACUGAACACCCUUAUCAUUUAUCAUCUAGAGUCAUGGCAGGCAUGAAGUUAGCCCAAGAUCUCCUUGAGUGUCUGAUGUCAGAAGCUGAUAUGCAGGAUACAGCUAUUUCAAUUAUUAUGCCUGAAAACAAGAACAGUGACAAAUAGGCCAAAUAAUCAAGCCUCUUAAAUAACAUUACAUAUUACACUGAAAAAGCUUCCCUGUUUGAAGUAGGGGUGUAACGGACAAUUACAGUUAGAUUGCAUAGGUUGCAACCUGGUUUGGGACUCGCAGCUAACUAUGCUAGCUAACAUGAGCAUGUACCAUGUGUUACGUCAGACACAUUUUCCUCAUCCUAUCGACCAUCAUUUUAAGAGUUGAAAUCAUUUAGAAGAUCAGAAUGUUGCGUAAAUUAAUUUAUUUAAAACAUAACAGUGAGAGAUAAAGAAUAAAAAGAGAUAAAACAAAAUAGUAUGACAUUUCCCACAAUACCAUGCAAAUAUUACGAUUUACAGCUUAAGGUUUCGGGGUGGCAUGCACAUUUGUGAAAUUACAGUAUUUACACAAAUAGCAUACCGAAUCAAGACCCUGUACUGUGACUGGUGUGAACAUUGUUCCGUUACACCCGUAAUUUAUUUCACAGGUUAUGCAGAAGUUUUUAAGAAAGCAUUUAAUUAACUUCUGCAACUGGUUUCAGAUAUGGAAUAGCUGUGGAUUAUCCUAAAUCUGCUAAUUUAUUACUGAAAAACAUUUUCAGCAUCAUCUUUCCAACAUUUGAAUUUACCAUUGUGGCUUUUCUCUCUACUGGACGUGCCAUCCAUUUAUAUAUACCAGCUUACAACUUCCAGGUGUAUUUUAUAAACUUCUAGCAAAUAUUUUUACUUGAAUAAUUUGUUUUCAGAUUUCCUUUUUGUGAAUAAAGAUCUGAUUAUAAAUGA